AUGUCAACUCCAGCAAGACGGCGUUUAAUGAGAGAUUUUAAACGGUAUGUGGGAAGAGUAGCUAGGGCUAGGUGAAUCGGUUAGCUAGUUAGCUCACUUUACAGCUAGCUAGUUAAAUGUUAACUUUACGUUAUCAAACGUAUCUGCUACUGGAUAACUUAAGUUACUAGUUAACACAUGGAUUGUUAACAUAAAGAUAACGUUACAGGUUAAUCGUUUCAAGUUGUAGCGAACGAGCUAGCCAUGCCAGUUAGCUCUAACGUUAGCCUAUUUAAUUAACUAGCUAACUGAUAACGUUAGCUAACUAAUGCUAACCAUCGAAAAUACACGUAUUUCUCAGGCUUCAAGAGGACCCUCCUGCUGGAGUUAGUGGAGCCCCUUCAGAAAACAAUAUCAUGGUAUGGAAUGCUGUAAUUUUUGGGUAAGCGACUGGACUUCAAAAGUAAUAGCUAAACUAGCUAGAACAAGUAGAGCUGUGUAGUACAGUAACACCGGUACCCGCAAAAUCAAUGACAUGUCAGUCAACAAAGUAAGGUAUUAUUAGCUAUGAACUUAAUGUUAAUUUACAAGCAAUUACAGCUCUUAGCCUAAGCAUUUAAAGUUAGCUAGCUAACGUUAGUUGCCACAGGUGAUUAGCUAACGUUAUAUUGAAACUGUUUUCUCUCUUACCCCAGCCCAGAGGGAACACCUUUUGAAGAUGGUAAGUAGCUAGCUGUGUGUUGACUUUCUGUAGUUGCUACAUUCUUGUGUAUGUGUUUGACAACUCAAAUGGAAGUGAUCAGUACCAUAAUAAUGCCUCAUUAAUUGCCAUGGGAGACCUGCUAGUUGGAACAGUAUUGUAGACCAGGUGGUGUCUUAUCAGAAAAGUACAGCAAUCCAGUUGACUGAGCUUCUUUCACCUGUUGCAUGGUUGAGCUGAGAUUACUGCCUGCCAGCAAAUGAAUGACGCCUGUGAAUGGGUUAACCCUUGGGGUUUUGGGUCAAAACCAGGGGAUUGUAUCUGUUUAUGACAUAUGUCAGUCAGUGAAUAUGCAUAUCAGACCCUAGCUCUCAAACUAGGGGGCAUUCUGCCAUCUCCCUACAGUUGCAGGGUGUGGGGUCCUUAUGCUUCCAAACCGCACCACAAGCGAUGCAUGUUAAUGUUCAGACCGAGCGUCAGGUAUCUAAACAAAACUCCCUCCUACAGAAGACCCCUUUGUCCAAUGACUUUUAUGUGUGAUCAAGGGCUAAUCGGACCCACCAGUAAUCCUCUAUUCUAGUAAAUGUCCCUGAUUGAGUUGCAUUUAUGUACAUUAGUGCAUUAGGAUUUUUUUCUUCUGUAUACUAGAUAAUGUUCUCUGGUAUUGGAAUAACUACAAAAAUGUAUUGGCCAAAUACAGUAUGCUUAUGCUAUUUGGUUGCUCAAAACAUUUUGCAGCAAGAACAACUUUGAAUUUGUUUUUAGCCAUUCUGUUUUAGCCUGGUCACAGAUCUGUUUGUGCUCUUGCCAAUACCAACUCCAUUGUCGUCAUUGUCAAGCUAACCGGUUACCCUUGUGUGAUGUUUUAGUGCCAACUUGGUUAUAAAUAUUCUCUCAUAUUUCAGGAACUUUCAAACUCACAAUAGAAUUCACAGAGGAGUACCCUAACAAGCCUCCAACAGUGCGUUUUGUCUCCAAAAUGUUUCAUCCAAAUGGUACGUUUUUCUUUUCUGGAUAGGUGGCCACGGCAUUUUAGAAACAUGCUUAUUGCUUACCGGAUUCUUUUAUAAUGGAACAGCUGAAUCUUUGUCAACAAGUCAAUCCACCAGUCAUUGUUAUGAAGAGUAAAUGUAUGUUCUGUAUUGUGCAGUCUACGCAGAUGGUAGUAUAUGCUUGGACAUUCUUCAGAACCGCUGGAGUCCGACUUACGAUGUUUCUUCAAUCCUAACUUCAAUACAGGUAUACUCAACAUUCUCCAAAAAAUGCAUACAAUAAAUACUCAUAAAUCGCUGAAUUCUUGCCUUGUAAAGAUCUUUUCAUGUGCUUUAAUAUGUCCUCAAAUAAUGGUGCAGUCUGAUUCAAUGUUAGGAACAAUUUCUUUAAAAAAUCAAGUAAAAAAGGAAUACUAUUGUUAUUGAAAAGUGUCUAUUAUUGCAUUGUCCUAGUCUUUACUGGAUGAGCCCAAUCCCAACAGCCCAGCCAACAGCCAGGCAGCUCAGCUGUACCAGGAGAACAAGCGGGAGUAUGAGAAGAGGGUGUCUGCCAUCGUGGAACAGAGUUGGCGCGAUUGUUGA